UGCAAACCCAACCCCCGAAGCCUCCGCCAUAACCUCUUCUCUCUCUCUCUCUGUGUCUCUCUCUGCCUCCUCUGUUUUGUUUUCCCUCGUGGGCUGUUGUGUUGGAAUUGGAACAUGGCAGAGCGUAAGUCCGUGGUCGAAGAUGCCCGGGGACCGUUGCCGACCGUGGAGGCCUUUGGCAGCAACGAACCGAGCAAGCCGAAGAAGAGGAACGGGUAUGCCAUUGCUAUCACCGUCCUUGCCUCCAUGACUUCCAUCUUAAUUGGCUAUGAUGGCGGUGUCAUGAGUGGGGCGGCGGACUUCAUCCAGAAAGACUUGAAGGUGAGCGACGUAGGGAUAGAGGUCCUCAACGGCAUGAUCAACAUCAUGUCGCUCCUCGGUGCCCCCAUGGCCGGUAGGACCUCUGACUAUGUGGGCCGCCGCUACACCAUAGUGAUUGCCGGUGCAAUCUUCUUAGUCGGCGCCUUCUUCAUGGCUUUCGCCACCAACUAUGCCUUCCUCAUGGCUGGCCGAGUUGUGGCGGGGAUCGGUACUGGGUACGCCCUCAUGAUCGCCCCUGUCUACUCUGCAGAAGUUGCCCCCGCUUCCGCCCGUGGCUUCCUCACCUCCUUCCCAGAGGUAUUCAUCAACAUCGGUGUGCUCCUCGGGUACAUAUCGAACUACGGCUUCUCGAAGCUCCCGUUGCACCUGGGAUGGCGAUGCAUGCUCGGGCUGGGGGCCAUCCCUUCAGUCAUCCUUGCCGCUGGCGUCAUGGCCAUGCCUGAAUCUCCCCGUUGGCUAGUCAUGCAGGGCCGCUUGGGUGAGGCCAGGAAGGUACUCUACAGGACUUCAGACUCGAACCAGGAGGCCGAGGAAAGGCUCGCUGACAUCAAAGAAGCCGCCGGGAUACCCCCAGAAAGCAAUGACGACGUCGUGAAGGUAGUGAAGAAGAAGAGCAGCGGGUCAGGCGUGUGGAGGGAGCUGCUCCUCCACCCGACUCCGGCUGUUCGCCACAUUUUGAUCGCAGGUGUCGGCAUCCAGUUCUUCCAGCAGGCAUCAGGGGUCGACACGGUGGUCCUGUACAGCCCACGUAUCUUUGCGAAGGCCGGGCUCACGUCAACCGACAAGAAGCUGCUUGCCACCGUGGCGGUCGGAUUUUCCAAGACCGUCUGCAUCUUGAUCUCAACCUUUUAUCUCGACAGACUCGGGAGGCGGCCGAUUCUCCUCGCCAGCGCGGGUGGCAUGGUCAUUUCAUUGAUGACCCUCGCUAGUGCGCUGGAGGUGGUGGACCACCACCCGGACGGGCAGGUGACGUGGGCCCUCGUUGUGUGCAUCGCUAUGGUACUGACCUUCGUGGGUUCAUUCUCGAUGGGGUUGGGCCCCAUCGCCUGGGUCUACAGCUCGGAGAUAUACCCGCUAAGGCUUCGAGCCCAGGGGGCAUCCAUCGGCGUGGCAGUGAACCGGUUACUAAGUGGCGUCAACUCUAUGACAUUCAUCUCUCUUUAUGAGGCCAUCACCAUCAGCGGUGCCUUCUACCUCUACGCAUCAAUAGCGGCAGCGUCUUGGGUGUUCUUCUACGUGCUGCUGCCCGAGACGCGUGGGCGGACCCUCGAGGAUAUGGAAGUCCUGUUCGGGAGCUACCACCGGUGGAGGUCGGUGGCCAAGAAGCUCCAGAACAACCAAAGAGAGGCUCCCAAUUCCAAUGUGCCCCGCAGUAACAACGACAAAAACAGUAGCUCCACGGGGCCACCGGAGAAGCGACCAGAGACCGCCUAACUUAUCUUAUUAGCCAUAGCAAACCUUGUGGGAGGGCCAAGGCAGGGCUAGGGGCAAGGCAGUGGGGGAACUAGCUAGCUUAGUUAAUUACGCCUUCUAGCCCUAUGCCUAGCCAAUAUAGUAACUGUUUCCGAUCGCUUUAAGUUGAGAGAUGUUAACAAGAUAUGCUUUGUUUUGAUCUCUCGCUUAAAGGAUUUCCAUGGUACCUACUUUUUUGAAAAUUCUCCAAGUAAUUUAGUUGUAAUUCAAGAUUACGUAGAAAAUUAGUAAA